AUGCGAGACGUUCUUCGCGCCUAUUUCUCUCGUAGAACUCUCGUAUCUCUUUACAAUCUCUUCUUAACCAUCUCCCAUAAGCUCCUCACUUCAUUCCCUCUCUCUCUCAUCAUGCCCAAAUCCAACGACGGCGCCGCCGCAGAAUCCGAGGCCGUUCCGCUGCUCGAUCUAUCUAAGCCUUCGUCACCGAUAUCCUUCCCGAUCAAAACUCUGCAAGACCUGAAAUCUCGUUCUUACUUCGACUCCUUUCACUUCCAGUUCAAUCGCUCCACCGUCCCUCUCCGGCGAAACUCCGACGGCUUACCGAAUCGCCCAAGGGUCUUAGUCUGCCACGACAUGAAAGGAGGGUAUGUAGAUGACAAGUGGAUACAAGGGUGUGAAAACGAGGCCGGAUAUGCGAUUUGGCAUUGGUACUUGAUGGACGUUUUUGUCUACUUCUCUCAUUCUCUCGUCACUCUUCCUCCUCCUUGCUGGACCAAUACUGCUCAUAGACAUGGCGUUAAGGUAAUUCGUCUCAUUAUUCAACAUCCGAAUUUUGAUUUUGGUUGA